CGACUUGACUUUUUGUCACCGCCCCCUGCUGCAACCGCCUUCUCGUCCACUUUGCAGACGAGGCGCAGUUCAUCGCGAAAGAGCCUUGUGUGUCAUUCUUGAAUUGUGUCAAGGUGGUUCACUGCUUCAUGAAGCUACGAUUUCACCAUCACUACCUCGCUUUCGCGAUUUUAUCACCGUCCACUUUUGUAAUACGUCAGAGCAAGUCGGAAUGAAGUCGGACACAAAACAUGCAUUGUGCGCCGAUCGCCGGUGAUAGAAUCUGCGCAGGCCUGGCUCAUCUCGAACGAGCCUACUUUUUAUAUUUGAAAAGCAGUCUUGUUUACACGACAACACGAGUGCCUCUUUUUUUCAACGGUCACCGAUAGGCUGAUUCCCUGAAGCCGCAGACGUUUCUGUGCAGUAGUGAGUUUCGUUUCCGCGGACUCCCCCCCCUGUUGAAUGAUAACAGGAAAUACAGACAUGAGAUAUGAAACAGACUCGGUCACCCACAGUGCUCAGCUAAAUUAUUUUUUAAACUGACAGAAGAGACUUGCGGAUAACAUGUCAGCCUCUAUUUGUGCCUUUGCCCUGACGUUUUCAACACUAUGCGGAUCCAGAGUGGUAUCAGGAGUCCUCAGCACACCCACAAAUGUCCACUUGACCUCCUAUAACCUGAACCUGGUGCUGCGGUGGGAUUCACCUGAACAGCCAGCCAGCAGCCUGAUCUACACAACUGAGUACAAAUCCACAUUCACAGACUACAAAGUGGGCUGUGUGAACAUCUCCACGCUUGAAUGUGACUUCACAAUGUGCCCUAACAUCUCCGUAUUUGAGUACGGAAAGUAUAGAGGCAGAGUGCGGGCGCAGCUGGGGACAGAGAGCUCUGCCUGGGUGGAAAGUAACCAAAUUACUAUGGACAGAGAUACCAUCAUCGGCCCACCCAGUGUCUCUCUCCUCUCGAAUGGGGGUGUUGUGGAAGUCAGCAUUAAAGAUCCACUGUUCAAGAUCUCUGCACUCAGGAAUGUUUACAACUUGGCCACCUACAACAUCACCUACUGGAAAGAUGGACAGAAGGAAAAGGCCAGAAACAUUAGCAACGUGCAGCAAAACCGGGUGGUUCUUAGUGACCUGGACCCCUGGACCAAGUACUGCGUCCAAGUCCAAAUCAACACAGGGAGCAACCACAACCCCAGCCAGCCCAGCAAAGCUGUUUGUGAGAGCACCACCAUCGAUGAAGAGGCUCCGUGGGUGGUAGCUGUUGGGAUGUUUGUCGCUAUGGUAGCGGGAGUGGCUCUGGUGGUGGUUGCAGUGGUGUAUCGGAAAAAAUGUCUUCAUCCAAAAUAUGUGCUGCCUCAGCACUUUGAAGAGUACCUACUGGCACCCCCCAACUCGUCACUGUACUUAAUCAUGCAGAACUCCCAUCCACCAGAGGAGAUCUACGACCAGGUCAGCGUCAUUGCAGACAACAGGACUCUGGAAGAAGGGCGCCCACUGGAGGCAGCAGGGAGUAGCUGCAGCCAACAGCCUGACACCUCUAUGCUGACACCACAGCAGGGGAGAGAUAGAACCAAGAGGGACAGGCUGAAAAACGCAGAGGCCAUGGAGAAGAGUUGAUUUGCAGGCUUCAGUUAGAUGGGACUGUUAGACAUCAUCAGCAGGAAUGACUUUAAAGACAAUGAGAAACAGUGAACUAUUGAUUCUUACUUGAGUUUUAAUGCAACAAAUUCUGCAACAGUCCCGCAUUACUCCUCGGUGCGCACGUUACUGUUAGGGGUGGGCGAUGCAACAAAAUUUGGUUUUGAGCCAAUACCAAGUAAUUCAGGGCCAGAAUCGCUGAUAUCAAUAUCGAUACCAAUAUCGAUAGGAUGCAUAAAUAAAAGUGGUUUACGUACUUUCA